AUGGGCAACGUAGUUUUGUUUUCACAAUAUUAAAAUGUUAAAAACUUUGCUAAAUUAAAAAAGAAUAGCUGAUAUUGCUCAUAAAUUUUAGCAAAUAUAAUGUAAUUUUUAACACUAACAAUUUCUUAAAAAUCUUGAACCAUGGCAGUUUGUGGACUCAGGACAAUUCUGCUUAUUGUCUGCAUUAUACAAAUGAUAUUUACAGUACAAAGACAAGUGUUUGAUUUCUUGGGAUAUAUGUGGUUGCCCAUAAUUGCCAACUUCCUCAACAUUUUGUUCAUAAUAUUUGGUUGUUUUGGUGCUGUGCAAUAUGUUACAAGAUAUCUUGUUUCUUAUGGAAUUUGGAGCUGUAUGUGGUUAACUUGGAACAUAUUUCUUAUAUGCUACUACCUCAACACUGGCUCCUUAGAUAGGGAAGGUGGUCUUUUGUCAUUGGGAACUGGAAGUGUCAGCUGGUGGGAGAGUAACGGGUGGGGUUGCCAGCCUGUCUGGGGUGAAGUGGACGGGCCCGGAACGUUGAGACCGGCUCGUGUUGACGGAUGCUUCUUUCAGUGGCACCAUGUUGAGCUAGCUCAAUCCUCAACCGCCGCACUGCUCACUGCCAUAGCACUGCCAUUUUCUGUGAUCCUUACGUAUAGAUCCUACUCGAAACCAACAUUCGCGAAAGAAAAUUACGAAAUGCCCAUAAGAUCAGUCUACACAAUCGAAAAGGUGAAAACAAACGAUACAAACAUAAGCGAGAGCUCCAUGAAACCGAUGACGCCGCGUCGGGUGAAGCGCCGGUCGGGGUCGAGGAGCGCCGGGUCCUCUGUGAGACGCUCCCGACGCUCCUACAGAAACGCGGGCUACCUGGCCUCCAACACCUCUCUGCCGCGCGAGUCGCGACAGCCGAGACCGACGUCCGCUCACUCCUCGUACUCGAACUUCCACGCCGCCCGACCCGUGUCAUACCAGGCGCCGGAAAGCGAGACGACCGCGAACUCACCCGAAAUAGACUCUCCGCCCCCUGUGGAAUCUGUGCCGAUUCUAACCAACCGAUACGACACGAUACGGAGCCGCAGUAGGAGCGGACGCGACGUGGCCGGGCCGUAUAAUGACAACUACGAUCCGAAGGAGACUGUAGCACCGUACGAGACCAUCGGGCGUUACGAUCGGAACUACGAGAACCGUUCCGAGGGUGCCCGGGACUCGCCGGGGUACGGGGGCGGGGCUUACGGGUAUAGCGGCGGGGAAACUUGGGAGCCUCCUCCCCCCGCGCCGCCGUACUCCCCGCGCGCCACCCCGCAGGCGCCCGGCCCGCCGGCGUAUCAUCCCACCAACGACAUCUAUAAUGUCAACUAACAAGUAAGUGUAGACUCGAGCUAUGAUAAUAGUACAACUUGUACGAUUUAGCUAAAGGGUGAAAGCGAAGUCUUAAAUCCAUGCACACCCACCUAGUUACUUAUAUAGGUGUAGUAAGCCACCAUUGUACAACGAUCUUAAUUCCUAACCUUAGCAAUAAAAUAUUUUUAAUUUUUUUUAUACUAAUUUACAUGUUAAGGACUCUUCUAUUUCUUCUAUAAACGCUCAGCAAUAAGCUCAAAUAUAUUAUCUAGUUUUUGUAUUUUAUAUAAUAUUGUUUACAAUGCACAGAGAUCUGAGUGAAUUGAAACAUUUUGAGAUCUAUCAGACGUUAAAAAUUUCUUAUCUUAUUUAGAUCAUAGGGAAAUAUGUACUUAAUUUACUUUAAAAGUAAAAAAAUAUAUUUUAUAACG